AUGGAAUCCUGUCAGGCAUCGGACCAAGAAGCGGCAAGUCGUCUCGAUAGUUCACGGAUGGGCAGUUCCCUUUCCCUACGGGGCCACACGACUCCCACCACAACCAACACGUCGGACUCGACGGGAGACGACACGUCGGACGCGUCGUUGGAUUCGUUCACGGACGACUCGGACGUGGGCACGCACCUGGCCUUUCUCGGGGCCAAACGACAAAUACUCCAACGCGCCGCCGACUUUUGGCACCAAAGUGACAUCUACGACGCCGCCACCGCCGUCCGGGACGCGCAGACCGGCACGACGCGGCCUCACAAACCCAGCGAAACACCCGGCACACUGUAUCAUCAAGCCAAAGGCAUUGUGCGGGCACUCAACAGUAACACCAACACGAUUGCCAAGGCACUCGAGACGGCUUCCCAGUCGAUCGACACCGCCUCGACGGCAGCGGGCGACGUCGAUGCGAACAACACCCACACCCGGAUGAACGUGGCAACCUUUUCCCGCUCGGGCACUACCCGUACCCAUACACACACCCAUACCGGCAUUGAUCUAUCGAGCGUCAUUCGUGUUUCGGCCGCCGAUUUCUUGGCCGACACGCUGGCGGACGACGCGGCAACGGCGUCCCGUCCCGCCAAUCUCCACCAGCAUAAGGCCGGUGUAUUGGCACGGGGACCCUGGAUAGCCAAGGCCCUCGUGGGGAGUGUCGCCACGCACCGACACGGACGUCGACGAACCCACUGGUCGGCCUCCACCCGGAAUCACACGGACUGGAAGAUUGUGACGGAUCCUUGGAAUGGAGCCACGGGACUUCUCCCACCCCGCACCGUCAAUCUCCGCAACGCACUCACACUGCAGCAGGCCACGGCCUUGACGGAACAACCGAGACUCGUCACGCAGUCCACUCCGCCCUUUACCGUCGUAUACGCCAACCGUGCCUUUUUGCAAUUCGCCGCCCAAGGAUGUAGUCCUGCUCACGCACACGUACCAGUACCACCACUCCCCGCCCAUGCCGUGGUGGGACAACCCGUCGAAGCCGUACUCCAAGUUGCCGACGCCGUCUGGUCACCGGUACCACAGUCAACGUCACCAUUGCUGUCGUCGUGCCCACAAUCUCGGCACGGCUCAGAGUACUACGGCCACGACUAUUACCACCACGCGUCUCCCUCCUCCACCCUGCCCGACGCGACGCCCGCCGUCUGGCGCGGCAUCGUCGCACUUUCCGGGGUCCCUCUUCCCUGUGGGGUCCAAGUCCGACCCGUCGUGACGGUGGACCGCUCCGCCACGUCCCGGCGGAGUGGCUCCUGUGUAUCACACGUGGCCAUUCGCAUCCGCCCCGUACCGGAAUUCAGUGACGCGUCCGUCACGACCACUGCGUCGGUCGACGCCACCGACGACGGCUAUUCCUCGUCCUCUUCCUCGUUCCUUUCCUCGACGUACGGCAACGUCGGUAGUGACAAUGCCGAUGGUGACGACGACAUUGACGGUACCAGUACGACGAGGAGCAACGGGAGUAGUAGGGGCGCCGACGACGAAGGCCAAUCGUACCCUCGACGGUACCAACGCAGUCACAAACACCACCGCGACGGUACCCGUGUCGUUGUGGGUACGGUUGGUGAAACAUUCGAGCCACCAAACGCAACGGAUAGGGGCUCACGGCCGGAUGCCGAUUUUGAAUAG